GGCGAGUUUUGUCAGGUUCUGUGCGUGCUGGUGGAAAAACGGGGAUGAAGCUGUGAGGGGGCGCUUACCGAAAGAAGUGGAAAAAAAGAGACCAGCCGCAGGCAGGCAAAGGAGGAGGCGCAAAGCGAUGUCUCAGCCGCCUCAGCAGGAGCAGCAGCCAGUGGCAACGCUGGUCCCGAAGAAGAAGGACCGGCGUAUCUUCUCGGGCACUUGUCCUGACCCCAAGUGUCAGGCGCGCCUGUUUUUUCCGGCGCACGGGCCUCUAAGCAGCGGGAGCAUCGAGUGCACGGACUGUGGGCAGCGUCAUGAACAGCGGCAGCUGCUGGGAGUGGAGGAGGUGACGGAUCCCGACUUGGUGCUGCACAAUUUGCUGCGGAACGCACUGCUAGGAGUGAGUGGGGCGGGGCCCCCUAGAAAGAACACCGAGCUGGUGAAAGUUAUGGGCCUGUCAAACUAUCACUGCAAGCUGCUCUCGCCUAUUCUGGCCCGCUAUGGCAUGGAUAAACAGACCGGCAAAGCUAAACUCCUAACUGAGAUGAACCAAGGAGAUGUUUUUGACUGUGCUCUGCUUGGGGACCGUGCCUUUCUUAUUGAGCCUGAGCAUGUCGACACUGUAGGAUACGGCAAAGAUCGCUCUGGUAGCCUCCUGUACCUGCAGGACACCUUAGAGGAUAUUAAGAAGGCUAAUAAUAGCCAGGAGUGCCUCAUCCCAGUCCAUGUGGAUGGUGAUGGCCAUUGUUUAGUCCAUGCAAUUUCCCGAGCACUGGUGGGUAGGGAACUCUUCUGGCAUGCUUUGCGGGAGAACCUCAAGAAGCACUUUAUGGAGAAUCUCAGCCGCUAUAAAGCCCUUUUUCAUGAUUUUAUUGAUGCGGCAGAAUGGGAAGACAUAAUCAAUGAAUGUGACCCCUUAUUUAUUCCUCCUGAGGGUGUACCGAUGGGUCUUCGAAACAUCCACAUUUUUGGACUAGCCAAUGUUUUACAUCGGCCCAUCAUCCUCUUGGAUUCCUUGAGUGGAAUGCGUAGUUCAGGGGACUAUUCUGCCACAUUCCUUCCUGGAUUGAUACCAGAAGAAAAAUGCAUGGGGAAAGAUGGCAUGCUGAACAAACCAAUUUGUAUUGCCUGGAGUAGUUCUGGGCGUAAUCAUUAUAUUCCUCUGGUUGGAAUAAAAGGUGCUGCUUUGCCUAAAUUGCCUAUGAAAUUACUUCCUAAAGCUUGGGGAGUGCCUCAAGACCUUAUUAAAAAGUAUAUCAAAUUGGAAGACGAUGGUAGCUGUGUGAUUGGAGGAGACAGAAGUUUGCAUGAUAAAUACUUGAUGAGGCUAGUUGCAGCCAUGGAGGAAGUUUUUAUGGAUAAGCAUGGCAUUCAUCCCAGUUUAGUAGCUGAUGUACAUCAGUACUUCUAUCGGCGGACUGGUGUAAUAGGAGUUCAGCCUGAAGAUGUUACAGCAGCUGCUAAAAAGGCAGUUAUCGACAACCGACUUCACAAGUGUCUCAUUUGUUGUGCUCUUUCAGAACUUCAUGUUCCUCCAGAAUGGCUAGCUCCAGGAGGGAAGCUGUAUAAUCUUGCAAAGAGUACCCAUGGUCAGUUAAGGCCUGAUAAAAAUUACAGUUUCCCUCUGAACAGUUUGGUAUGUUCCUAUAAUCCUGUAAAGGAUGUACUAGUACCAGACUACAGUUUGAGUAGUCUGACUGCCUGUAACUGGUGUCAUGGCACAUUGGUGCGUCGUGUGAGAAGUGAUGGCUCUGUUGUAUAUUUGGAUGGGGACAGAACUAAUACUAGAUCAACAGGUGGCAAAUGUGGCUGUGGAUUCAAACAUUAUUGGGAAGGCAAAGAAUAUGACAAUCUCCCUGAAGCUUUCCCUAUUACUUUAGAGUGGGGUGGGAGGGUGGUAAGAGAGACAGUCUAUUGGUUCCAAUAUGAAAGUGAUCAAUCUCUGAACAGCAAUGUAUAUGAUGUUGCAAUGAAACUCGUUACUAAGCACUUUCCUGGAGAAUUUGGUAGUGAGAUUCUUGUCCAGAAAGUUGUCAAUACAAUUCUGCAUCAAACAGCCAAAAAGAACCCUGAUGAUUACACUCCUGUAAACAUUGAUAGUGCUCAUGCCCGAAGAGCCGAUGAUAUGCAACAAGGACAAGAUUUGGCAUCUCAGCUUCCAACCAAAAUUAUUCUUACUGGACAGAAAACAAAAACAUUGCACAAAGAAGAACUGAAUAUGAGUAAAACUGAAAGAACUAUUCAACAAAACAUUGCAGAACAAGCACCUAUAAUGCAAAAACGAAAAACUGAAAAAUGGAAGCAAGUACAAAAAGGGCCAGCUAGAACUGUGUCUCCUGGUACUAUUCCUGAUGGGUCAUCCUCUGCACCUGCUACUCCCACCAAGACUCCUUAUUCUCCAAUAUCUACGAAAGAAAAGAAAAUUCGCAUAACAACAAAUGAUGGGCGACAGACCAUGCUCACUUUGAAAUCCACUACAACAUUUCUAGAAUUGCAGGAAAGCAUAGCUAGAGAAUUUAAUAUUCCUCCACAUUUGCAAUGUAUUCGCUUUGGCUUUCCUCCCAAGGAGCUGCUGCCACCUAAGGAAGGGCAAGAAAAUGAACCUGUUCCUCUGCUACAUGGAGAUAGAAUAACCAUAGAGAUUCUUAAAGGGAAGGAAGAUAAUAACCAGGCUAGUUCAGUACAUUCAGCUCAUGUUGUGAAGCAUGAUGAUAUUGCUGUUACUAGCAGAAUUACUUCCAAGGAACUUCAAGAGCAAAUAGACAAGGAAAUGUACUCUUUGUGUCUUCUUGCAACAUUUAUGGGGGAAGAUGUUUGGUCUUAUGCAAAGGGGCUUCCUCAUCUGUUCCAGCAGGGUGGUGUAUUCUACAAUAUAAUGAAGAAAACAAUGGGUCUGGCUGAUGGUGAACACUGUACUUUUCCACACUUGCCUGGCAAGACCUUUGUAUACAAUGCAACAGAAGAUAGAUUGGAACUUUGUGUGGAUGCUGCUGGUCAUUUCCCUGUAGGUUCUGAUGUGGAAGACUUGGUUAAAGAGGCCCUAAAUCAAGUACGAGCAGAGGCUUCUUCAAGAAGUAGGGAAGCAAGUCCUUCACAUGGACUUCUAAAAUUAGGUAGUGGUGGAGUAGUUAAAAAGAAAUCAGAGCAACUCCACAAUGUAACUGCAUUUCAAGGAAAAGGCCAUUCUCUAGGCAGUGGAACCAGUAGCCAGCAGCUUCAUCCAAAAGUUAGGGAAGCUCCACUUGGAAGAAAGCAAAACAUAGGUACAGAUUUCAAUACCAAUUCUGCUAAAUUGGACCCUUCCAUGUACACCGGUGAUUCUGGAAAUAGUGAACUUAUACGGAUAGCUCCUGGAGUAGGAACAAUGAGAGAUAGUAGACAACUUGAUCCUAAUUUAAUUGAGGCACAGCGGAAAAAAUUGCAGGAAAUGGUUUCUUCAAUUCAAGCAUCAAUGGACAGACAUCUGCGAGAUCAAAAUACAGAGCAGUUGGCAACAAACGAUUUUUCUCAAAGAAAAUUAGAGGCAACAAGUUCAUCAGUUAAAACAAAGAGCCCUCAAGUGAGUUUAACUGAAUCAUUUACUUUAUCAAGUGGCAGUGGUCGUUUGAAUACAGAAAUAACUGAUAGUAACAUGUCAAAUGCAUUGGCAGCAUCAUUCUCCACAAGAUCAAAAGCCCAAAAAGGAAAUUCUGUUGAAGAGCCUGAAGAGAUGGAUAGCCAAGAUGCAGAAAUUACUAAUACAACUGAGCCAAUGGAUCAUUCAUGAAAAGUCUAACAGCUGAUAUCAACAAUAGAUUACUGUGCGAAUGUAGUUUGUUGGCUGGACCACAUUAAUUUAGUCAUUGAAUCUUGUAUGUUUCAAAGAUUAUAUGUUACUCACUGCAUGAUAGCAAGUGUGUGAUAGAUAGUAACUUUUAAUUUGACAUUCUGCUGCCAGGUUAGGUCUCAGUUAGCUGUAUAUUAAUUAUUAGAACAAGCACUGAGAAAAAAAUAUCUGCUGUAGUUGUGGGUUAUCUCUCUCUCUCUCUCUCUCUCUUUUUUUGUAAUUUUUAUUCCAUUAAAGUCUUAAUCCGCCAACCCCUAUGAAAUCAUAAAGAUAUUUUUUCAGUUUGAUAUGUGAAAAUAAAACCUGACAAUGUACUUGUUUGUCAGAUACUGGUCCAUAUUUCAUUAAACGACAUUUGCUAUACUUGACAUUUGAAAUCAAAUUUAUAUCUGUUAGAUAAGUCAAAAUGCUGAAGUACAUUUACUGAUGGUUCUUUAAAAUUGUAAAGGAAGAUAUGGAAGCUAGUAUAUAAGAAACAAAAUAAAGAUGUCUGAACUAUAAUUCCUUGCUUUAUUGGCAAGUAAUAGUAUGUUUUGUUUUGAGUUGCUGAAGUGCUACAGUAUGUUUUUACAUGGUCAAAGACAAUAAAAUGCAAGCAUUUUAAGAACAGAA